AUGUCUCCACCAUCCGGGAAACGGUCAGAAUCAGGUUUAGCUCGUUUAUUGGGAUCAGGGACCUCAGGGUUACUUGAAUUACUUGUAUUUCACCCCGUUGAUACUGUGGCAAAACGGUUAAUGACAAACCCUACAAAGAUAUUUAUUCCUGGAGCACCUUUUUCUCAAGGAAUUAGUAAUCUCGACAAA